AUGGCAAGCACAAACCCCACAGCAACGUCGAGCAAACGACCGAUUCGCGAAGACCGAGGCCGCGAAAAGAGGAAAGGCGCCUAUCACGGUCAAACCGAAGAAGACCACGAAGUCGCCCCUUUCAACGAGCUGGUACUCCUCGCCUUUGUUGUUUGCGGUGGUCUUCUCCUAGAACUCCUACGGAUUGUCCCUGAGCUCUGGUCCACUGUGUCCUCAUGGGUCACCAGACUCAUGGGAUGA